CGUUAGGCACACUUACCACCCGCCGUCGGCAUCAUCACCCACCAUCACCCAUCAUCACCCAUCAUCGCCACAGUAGCCCGCCCCCUCGAACCCCUAUUAAACCCCGCGGGAGUAGCGCGGUCAGGCAAACGCCGAGGGGGGUGGGAGCUGAGAGGGAGACAGGGGAGAUAAGAGGUGAAGGGAGAGAAAGAGACAGAGGAGGGGAGAGAGAGAGAACUCUGCUUGACGCUUACCUGCUCCGCGGGGAACGGCUCUGGAAGUCGCACAGGUAAGCAGCAGCGCAGGCCACGUGAGACAUGGCUCCCCUCUCCAUCCUGGGGGGGGCUCCGCGGCUCCCCUUCCUCCUGCUCCUGCUCCUCGUCUUCGCGGCUUGGAUGGGGCCUCGAGUCGAGGCUCAACAGGAUCCGUUCCGACGGCAAUUCCAGCGCGUGCCGGACCACGCCCUGCGGGCCACGGCCGGCGCCCCGAGGGCGCACGUGCGGGGCGUCUCGACGGGGGAGUGCGCCCUCCUGUGCCUGUCGGAGCGCGGCUUCCACUGCGCCUCGUUCGACUGGAGCGGCGGCGGGGGAGGCGGCGGGGGAGCAGGGGGUGGAGCAGGGGGUGGAGCAGGGGGUGGAGCAGGGGGGGCAGGAGGAGGAGGGGGGGGAUGCGCCCUGCACGGGGAAGGGCUGAGCGGAGAGCACGGCCUCGAGGUGUCGGAGGGCACGGACCACUACUCGCGCGUGGAGGAGGGCCCCCUCUCGCAGUUCCUGCCCUACGGGUUCGGCGCCAUCCCCGGGCGCAACCACGCGGUGUUCGCCAACGUGAGCUCGGCGGAGUGCGCCCUGCGCUGCCUGGACGAGGCGCGGUUCCGCUGCAACUCGUUCGACUUCGUGGUGGGGGCCAGGCUCUGCCAGCUCAGCAACUCCUUCGCGGCGCUCGUCGGCGGCAUCCGCACCGACCUGGGCACCAACGUGAUGCACUUCGAGCGCCUGACCUCGCUGGAGCGCUCCUUCCUCGGCACGGCGGGAGCCUUGCUGGGCCAUGGCUGGGUUCGCACCGUGCGCCAGAUCGGGCCCUCGCGCUGCGCGAUGCUCUGCCUGCGUGAGACAGCCUUCAUCUGCCGGUCGUUUGACUACUCGCUGGCGACCCUCGAGUGCCACCUCAGCGGCCUCAUGGAGAGCGACGUGGGGGGCCUCGUCACCAACCUGAGCACCCCCAUCAACCACUUCGAGAUGCGGCAGACGACGGACUGCGGGGGCAGCUUCGAAGGCACCAUGGGGACCCUGGCUUCGGUUCUGUGGCCACGCAACUACAGCGGGAGUCGAACCUGCGACUUCAAGGUCACCGUCCCGGAGGGGAAGAUGGUCUCGCUCAACUUCACUCACUUCCAGCUGCACACGCGCGGCGGUGCCGGUGCGACGUGUGGGCCUGGGGCCGGGGGGGCCUGGGUGUCGGUGCGGGGGGGGGCCGACCCGGCCGGCGGCGGCCCCCUCCUCGCCACGUGGUGCGGGAGCCGUCCCGGCGGGAGCCUCCUCACCUCGCCGUCCAACGAGGUGGCGCUGCGCUUCGCGUCGGACGGCACGGGCAGCGCGGCCGGGUUCCGAGCCUUCUACUCGUCGGAGUGGCCGUGCAACGCGACGCUUCGUGAGCCGGGGGUGUUUGCAACGCCCUGGUACCCAGCAACGCACCCUGCCAACCACCAGUGCACCUGGACCCUGCAGGCACCGCCCGGAUUCAGGGUCCACCUGGAGUUCACCUUCUUCGACAUGGAGGCCGCGCUCUUCCAGGAGUGCACCUUCGACUACGUGGCCGUGUUCGACGGCGACGCGGCGGGGGGCGGCCCGGGCGGCCCCACUCCCGCCGCCGGCGCCCCCCCCCCGGCGGCGUCCGCCGCCCCCCCCGCGGCCCCCCCCCUGCGCCGCCUGUGCGGGAACCCCGAGGUGCUGGAGCCCCUGGAGAGCGCGGGGUCACGCAUGACGGCCAAGUUCAAGUCCGACUCCAGCAUCCAGGGGCACGGGGCGCGCGUGCGGUUCUGGUUCGUGUCGGAGGCGCAGGUGGGCUGCUCGUCGGUGCUGAGCUCGGAGCAGGUGUUUGGGAGCCCCGGCUUCCCGGCGCCGUACCCGGCGGACGCCGUCUGCGAGUGGAUCGUCCGCGCGCCCGCCAACCGCGCCGUCGAGAUCCGCUUCCUGCGCUUCGAGCUGAGGUCGCCGGGGGUCACGGGCUCGGGCGCGACGGACGGGACGCAAGCCUGCGACUCCUCGCACGACCACCUAGUGGUGCAGGAUGGCCCCAGCACGACGUCGCCCGUGAUGGGCCGCUACUGCGGGAGCAGCGCCCCCGAGCUCGUGGUCUCGGGGGCUUCGGCGGUGCGCCUCUCGCUGUGGGCGGCGGCGGCCGGGGCCGGGGCCGGGGGAGCGGUGGGGAUGGGGGGGGGCUUCUCCGCGUCCGUCAGAUUCGUGACGCCCGUGGCGUACGGCCCCGGUUCCCGCACCUACGCCGUGCGCCUGGGCCCCAGCUCCCCCCGGGCCUUCGCCAGCCCCAACUGGCCCGACCUGUACCCCCGCGACGAGGACGCGAGGUGGGAGCUCACGGCGCCGCUGGGACACCGAAUCCUGCUGCAGUGGCUGGACUUCCAGCUGGAGGGCGCCUCUCCGCUGAGCUGCCGCUUCGACAGCGUGACGGUGGAGUGGGGCGGCGCUCCCAUCGUGCUCUGCUCCGACUCCGUGCCGCCGCCCGUGUCGUCGCGUGCGCGGUCGCUCAACGUCUCCUUCCACAGCGACGCGGGGCUCCACUUCCGCGGCUUCCGCGCCACCAUCACGUUCCUGCCCGUAGCAGAUGAGGAGGAGACAACGACGACGAGACGAACAACGACGGCCAUGGGGCCUCCACAACCCAGCCGGACUGCGAGCACCACCAGCCCCCCAACGCCACCGCCACCGCCCCCCGUGCGGCAGCUUUUCAGCGGCUCGCUGACGUUCGACAACGUGGAGUUCACGCCGGCGCUGGGCGACAGGGAGAGCAACGUCUUCAGGGCCAUGGCAGAGCACGUGGCUCACCUGCUGGAGCAGGCGCUGGGCGAUGAGGAGGUGCGCGCGGUGGUGACGGAGUUCGCGCGGGGCAGCGUGGUGGCGCGCUACGAGCUCGCCGUCACGUCCGCCCGCCUGGUGUCCGCGGACGAGCUGCAGGGCCGGGUGGCACGCCACAUUGGGCAGCAUGGAGGACACCUCGGGGACCUGGCCGUCGCACCCGGGUCCUUGCAUGUGGCCGACGGUCCGUCCUCGUCAGCGUCAUCAUCGUCGUCGUCCGUGUCGGGACCUGGGACCUCGUCGCGUCUUACCGUCGGCCUCUCCGUGGGUCUUCUGCUGCUGCUGGGCGUCGUGGCGGCUGUGGCGGCCGUCGUUCUGAUGCGGAAGCGCCAGGAGGGGGCCCUGCUCAAGCUGCCGUUCAUGUAUUUCCGCAAGAAGCCGCUGAAGGAGGACAUCACCGGCCUGGACGACAAGCAGGGGGAGACACCAGCCUACAGCAACCCGGUUGUUGGGAUGGAUAACAACACAUACAGCAUACCCGUGCAAGGCUUCUCGGAGACCUAGGCCCGGGUGCGUUCAUCCUACAAGACUCUUACGCCUGUCUCUAAAGGCCUCCAAGUCACCUUUAAAAACGAAAAAAACAAUUAUCUUUUGGGUGUUCUUAAAAAGGGGUAACUUUCCUAUAAACCCAUUACCAUUUUAGGCCCUGGAUAUGCUUUUUAAGGGCUGGCAAUUUGCUUUAAACAUUUUUUUAUUUUAUUUGGGGUGUUUGCACAUUAAGGGCAGAAUCGUAAUGUUAGAAACACAGCGGUGUGAAGAAAAUAUUUACCUAAUGUAAACAGUUAUUUGCCAAAAUAGAAGCACAGCCAAGAAACGUUCACUUGGGGGGGUCUGUGAGAGAACACACAUUCUGGCAAGCGGUGAUACAAAUGUGUGUCUGUAUGUAUGUGUUUGUGUGUGUGGAAGGUGGUGGCACAGUGGUUAGUUCACUGUGUCGAGUGUGCUUACUGGCCAUGGCUAACAUCAGUGGCGAGUGAUAUCUGAACCGGCCCUGGGCCUCCUCUGAACCGACCCUGGGCCUCCCAGGGCCAGUUCGUAGUGGCCUCAUGCUACACUGCUGGGCUGGACAGCACUAGGGGCAGUCACCUGCAACCAAGAUGCAGGCAGUGGAGUGGGACCUGCCAGUCCCUCCUAGCCUGCCACAAAGCCGGUGAAAAAGGCCCGGCACAUGGGUCACAAAGACGUGCGAUGCUCUGCACCCAGGCAGCUGGGGCAGACUGCAUAUUGAUCAAGGUUAUCUAUAGACCUACGACAAGGUCAGGCCCUUUCCAUUUUUUCUUUAUCAAACAAGAAGAAAGAAAUACAUUGAAAUAAAGAAGAGAGAAGAAUGGGCGAAUGAUACAAGCCUGUGCAAGGCCUUGUCCAUAAAAUGCGAGGAAGAUCGAACCCCAAUCCUCUUUCAUAGGUGCAGGUGGGAUGGUCUUCAAGAGAAGUCUUCUCUGCAUGGCCUGGCGACAUGCUGAUGAAAUACCUAAUAGGAUUGUAGGUGCUGCUAGACUAUUUAAAACAUGACAGUUUUUGUUGUGUGUAAAAGUUUGUAGGUGAAUAUGACCCGGUGGCCCAGGUCUGGCAGCUAGAGGGUUCCAGGAGCUGGAACCGCUGAUUUUUUAAAAUUCGAAACUGGUCUCAGCCACCUGUGAUUAAAGUGGAAUCUCAAGUGUUGCAAGUUGAUGAUCUCAGCACUGUCACACGUGAUAGCCCCCCAAAAAACGAUUGAAUUAAAUUUGGUUUUGCACUUGGUUUGGUUCAAUUCCUGUUCCGAGCAUUAGAAUAUUGGUUUGACUGCCACGUGAUGAACAUUACUUUGUACCACAGUGGAUGGAAAAAGUGUUGCCCCCUAGGCUGAACAUCAGAGGUCAUUUGACGGUAUCUCAGAAGUGGUUCUGUUAAGUCCACUUUCCCCGGGCCAUAAUUUAAUAUGGAGUUGCAUUGCCCUACAAGAAGUUCCACAUUGAUUGUUUAUCUCAUAAAAUGACCCUGCUAGCGGGAUCAAAUUAGGUAAGGGACAUUUUUGGAGACAGAAAUAUCAUUGCCAUGUUAAAUGAGUGGAAUUAAAAUAGAUUAUCACUAAUCUCCACACAAGAUAUGGUCAUAUGUGCCAUUUAUUUUACAUAAUUUGGCUUUUGAGUUAUUUAAAGCAAUAUAAAUGUUGACUACCAUUCGCCAAACAUUUCUCUGUAGCAGGGCACGUGGGAAAUUGCAGCACGACGUAGUAUGUGGAUUAAAAAAAGAAGUUACCUAAAGGGAGCUCGGAAAAAAAGUUCUGUGAUAUUUUUUGCGGCUCAUUGCUCUAACACAGAGAAAUGCAGCUGCUAUAACUUGGCGAGUUGACAAAUGGACACCUCUUCAUCUCAUGACAAGACGACUGGAAUACAAUUGGGAGAAAAAUAUUUUCAAAGUGCUUGUUUCGCAAAGAGUGCUUUGUUGAACGCCGAGUGCGUGUGUUGUAUGCUUGGUGAUGGAUUAAAGGGUUACAGGAGCCUGCUAGCGAGUGCGGUAACAUAGUUUGACAUGUAAUUCUUCUUAUAGGUAGACUGAGAUGCACACGUGAUUAUUCAAUUUACAAGUGAGACGUGUAUUCUGUAUAUUAUGGAUUGUAUUUUUCUGCAUAAGCUACCUAUCACUUGUACACAAUGUGCCUUGAUUUGAAUAAACCAUCAUAUAAAGAAAUGCA